CGCCUGUCGGACCUUGCGCCUGCGUACUACGGCUCCUUCUUGUCGCCUCGGCCCGGAUCGGGAAGUGUCAAGCGGGCCCCAGGUUCCCCCGCCUUCGCCGCUAUCACCGCUGAACCCGGACCCCGUACCCAGGUCCAGGGCCAGCCGCCAUGACGAACGUGUACUCCUUGGAUGGGAUUCUGGUGUUUGGUUUGCUCUUUGUUUGCACCUGUGCCUACUUCAAGAAAGUUCCUCGUCUCAAAACCUGGCUGCUAUCAGAGAAGAAGGGCGUUUGGGGUGUCUUUUACAAAGCUGCUGUGAUUGGAACCAGGCUGCAUGCUGCUGUGGCAAUUGCUUGUGUUGUAAUGGCCUUUUACGUCCUGUUUAUAAAAUGAAUUCCAAAGUAUCCAAGUCAUCAACUGCCAACCAAGGGGACGGGGAUGAAGAACCUGUUGGAGGCCUGGACCCAGUGUAGGAGAGUUCAGUUGAAGUCAUCAGUCCCCAGGAUGACAGCACAUCGUCUGCCCCUGCUACAUGUGGGGAAAACUCCUCAUGGUCACGAAUGUUAUUUAUGCUUCAGGGGACUACAGAAAGCCAACUUCCUUUGAUCUGUGUGUAAAUCGGUCCUUGGCAGAGUGCAUAUAAUGUUCAGAAAAUUUACACCCCUCAGUGAUAAGAUUACAUACCUCCUUCGUAAAAACCUGUCACCCUGUUUUGUUCUUCAGCUCCUCAUCAGGAUCUUUUCAAACUGAGGCUCAUUAGGGAAGGAACUAGGCUGUGUUCAGAUCUUUUUUGAAGAGAGAGAAUUUUCAAGACUUCUUUUCACUGUUUGAUUUGGAUCUGGCAAACUGGGGAGGGGAUGCUGGGUGGGAAACAGUUAUGCAAUGCCAAGAAAUUCUUUGGCUUUAGAGAUUUGUCUUUCAUGUACCCAUCUGGGAACAUAAAAGAGGCAUGGUGCUCAUUGCAAAAAGGGAACAGAUGAAGUAGCUGUGUUAUGUGCUCGUAGCUUGAGAGUUUUGCCAAGAGAAUCUGGGCCUACAUAAAAUGUGGGAAUUAUCUGUAUGAUGAGACCAGAAAGCAGUGGCUUAGACAAGAAAAACUUUUUCUGUUCACCAGUAUCCUCAAAUGGAGACUUCAGUUGAUCAAAUGGUAUAUGAAAAAUGAAUCAACUGUUGCUAUUUCAUAAAGCCUUUUAUAUUUUCUAAAUUACUUAGUGCUAAAUACUGUUAUUCAGUUUUAAAUGCCAUGACUGGGGGAAAAGAAACUAUUGAAGAAAUAAUUGUUUAAUAUAUUUGCAGUUGGGGUAGAAGAAAGAAAUCUAGUAUAUUGAUUCAUAUACUAGUAAAUUCAUCUAGUAUGAGAACUUGUGAUGUUAGAUGGUAGUUUUGUCAUCUUACAAAAGGCAACAGACUUAUUUUGUGUUUAAGUCUGAGUUGUGGCAAUUUUUAGUUGAUUACUUAUUUUUCUUAUCCAACUCUUAAUUUUCUUCAUAUUGCAUUGCUCUUUAGUUGUCUCUGGAAAUUCUAUUUACUUUAAGGACAUGAGAAAUUCAAAUAAGAGAAGUUGCUGAUAUUCAUCAGUGUAUUUGGACAGUUCAUAGGAUCCACAAAUAAAGUGAGGGUGUUUCCUCAAGUAAAAGAAAACAGAGCUUUGCAAUUGAUAUCGAAGGACUUUGCCCUGGAGUUAGUAACUCCUGAGCAGACCAUUUUAGAUGGCUCAGCAUUUGACUGGAAGACUACUCCACUCCCUCCUUAUAUCCGCAGAAGGAUCAGCUAUUGGAUGUCUAGAACUUCUCUAUUUAAAAAAUAAUAGGUCUAAGGUUAAAUUAUUAUAAGCAUAGACAUGGGUCUUCCAGUUGAAUUGUCUAUUACCAUAAAACUUUAUGGUGGACAAGUUAGCUGUGGUUGAUUCCUGUGUGGCAGCAAAUUGUCUUCUGUCUGCUUACUCCAAAAGAAUAAAAGCUGCUAGGAAGUUUAGAUUUUGAAAUAUGCAGUUUAAUGCUUUGAGGGUUUCUAGAAAUACCAAGUAAACACUACAUGUCUAAUCAUCUCAGAGUUGUGGCCGUUAUCUCUCCAGGAAUUGGUCCACAGGGUAAAUUUCAACAACUCAUGUGUUUCCAUUGUCAUUUCUGAGGAUCUUUGGCAUGAGAGAAAGGAAAUCUAUUGGAACAGGAAAGAGAGUUACACCUUGUGGGUGUGAGUUUGGGACCUGUUGGACAAAGGGAAAGUCACUCCCUGGAAACAGGUUCAGCAUGUUUUGCACUUGUUAUUUUGUAGCUUUAAUGAUUUUGUUUUCUAAUAGGGCUAAUGUCUCUAAGCUUGGUGUUUAGAGCUGCUUCAUAUUUUAAACUAGUUCCAUUCCACAGUUCUAGUUCAAACCAGUUUUUAUAGCCUCCUGGGUGGGUCAUCUUGACCUAAACUCUUGUGUUGUUACAUUUUGAGAUGUUUUCAUUACCAGAAUGUACCAAAAAGUGUACAAGGUGAAGGUAAUUUACAGCAAAAAAACAAAUACACAGCUUGUUUCAUUUCUUGACUUUCCCUGAGCAGAUAAGCAGAAACUUGUUUAACUCAUUACUUUGGUUGAUGUGUCUUAUAUAUUUUUGACUAAAAGUUAUAGGAAGUUAUUCCUCUGGGGGAAUCUUUUACAGGUGGAAAAAUGGGGAUAGCAGUAUUGUCUCAGAUUCAAACUGGCAUCACUAUAAACCCUGUAUGCCAGGGUGGAAUGAAGUCAGCUCCUUUUUAUAGUUGAAAUACAAUUUUGUAUUCACCAUUGUCUGCACAAAUCUUUGAAAAUAAACUUUUUUCCCCCUACAA